GGCGGAGCUUGCUGAGCAAUCUUUUUUUCUUUCGUGUUUGUCAUUCAUUCUUUAUUCUUCGUUGACUUUGUCGGAGUUCAAUAUUGUCGAGUAUAGACUGUGGUAGUCAUCUCUGGCUACUAUAUACUCACUGAAGACGCGAUCGCAUCGUUUGCGUCUAUCUACACGUCACUAUAGACUGGGAUUGGAUUGCAUCAAAACUCACCCUAGCACACCAUACACCACACCAUCCCCGCUACGACUCUAUAGCGGUAUAUAACUCAUUCGGAAACACCUACCGAAGCCCACCUACCGAGUCUAUACAUCUACACAUCCAUACAGAGACACGAUCCCUAUAGGAAUACAGGAAACGAAAAUGACCGACGCGGUCACCGAAUCCGCCUACCAAAAGGGUCUUAUACCCGACGCGAAGCCAGUCGAUGACGCCCCGCGACGGACGGACGGUGUUUCUCAGCUCUACGAAGGAAAUGUCUUCGACGCCACCCCCGACGACCGCCGCCAGAUCGGCGUCAUCAGCGCCUCGUUCCUCAUCUUCAACCGCGUUAUCGGCACAGGCAUCUUCGCUACCCCGAGUACCAUCCUCUCGCUUUCAGGGAGUGUCGGCUUGUCGCUGAUUAUGUGGGUUGUGGGGACGUUCAUCGCGAUGGCUGGGACGGCCGUUUAUCUCGAGUGGGGAACUGCUAUUCCUAAAAAUGGCGGCGAAAAGAACUACCUCGAAUAUGUCUUCAAAAAACCCCGCUUCCUCGCAACAGCCAUGUUCGCCUCCUACGUGGUCCUCCUCGGCUGGGCAGCCAGCAACAGCGUCGUCUUCGGCGAAUACAUCCUCAACGCCGCCGACAUCGAAGUCGGUCGAUGGAACCAGCGCGGUAUUGGCCUCGCGUGCGUGACAGCCGCGUUCCUCAUCCACGCCACGGCCGUCAAGUGGGGUCUGCGGUUGCAGAACUUGCUGGGUGUGAUCAAGCUCGUUAUCAUCGUGUUUGUUGCUGUCGCGGGCUGGGUUGCGCUUAGUGGGCGCAUGCAUAUUGAGAAUCCGCCGCAUAAUUUCCGCAAUGCGUUUGAGGGGACUACUGGGAGUGGGUAUGGGAUUGUGAUGGCUCUGUAUAAUGUCAUUUGGUCGUUUAUUGGGUACUCCAAUGCGAACUAUGCCCUCAGCGAAACCAAGAACCCCACCCGCACGUUGAAGAUCGCCGCUCCCCUCGCCAUCGGCGCCGUCGGCGUUCUCUACAUGCUCUGCAACAUCGCGUACUUCGCGGCUGUGCCCAAGGCGCAGUUCCUGGAAUCCGGACAGACCGUCGCGGCGACGUUCUUCGGGAACAUGUUUGGCGCGCGCGCGGAGAAGGUGAUGUCUGUUUUUGUGGCGCUCUCUGCGUUUGGAAAUGUGUUGUCUGUGAUUUUCUCGCAGGGACGAAUCGUGCAAGAAAUGGGCCGUGAAGGUAUCCUUCCUUUCAGCAAGCUCUGGGCGAGCAACAAGCCGUUCAAUGCCCCUGCGGCUGGACUGUUCGAGCACUGGGUUGUGUCCGUCAUUAUCAUGCUUGCUCCUCCGCCGGGCGACGCCUACAACUUUCUCGUCAAUCUCAUCUCCUACCCCCUCUCGAUUGUCAACUGCUUCGUCUCCGGCGGCCUCAUCUACAUCUACCUAACGCACAAAACCAACUUCCCCGACUGGGCGCCAGGAAUCAAAGCCACGCUCCCGGUGACAAUCUUCUUCUUCCUGUCCAACUGCUACCUCGUCGUCGCGCCGUACGUGCCGCCCACGCCAGACCAGAACGUCUACAAAGAGCUGCCGUACUACCUGCACUGCGUGGUGGCGGUGGCGAUCUUUGCGCUGGGCGCGAUCUACUGGGUCGGAUGGGCAGUCGUGUUGCCGAAGCUGGGGGGGUAUCUUUUGGUGAAGGAGACCGUUGUUGAUGCGGAUGGGUGGUCGCGGAGUGUGUUUACGAAGUUGCCGUUGGGAAGUGAGAGGGAGGUUGGGGAUCAGGAGUAGAUGGUAGAUAGGGGGUGGAGGCCAGCUGGACUGGUCGGUUUGUUUGUUUGGAUUGUUGAUAGAUUUGCGAAUGUUGGAUAUAUGUUGGGUACAUAAUUACUAUUCUAUUGAAUAUGGUAUCAUUCAAUUACAAGACCAGAGUAUACAUCAGGUA